AUGCCACUUUCACACAUUACCUACCAACAAAACAAUUUGCUUUCUCUUCCAAACGUUGAUCAACGAUAUAUUUCUUUCCACGUAAAAUCAGGAAUUGUCUCUAAAAUAAUUUUUCUCAAUCCAUUUGAUGUCUCAUUCCGCAUUCCACUAACACUUCACUGUCACCACCAACAACCACAUUCUCCAUUCAACACACAACACUUCACUGUCACCACCAACAACCACAUUCUCCAUUCAACACACAACACUCACCCCCAACAACAACCACAUUCUCCAUUCAACACACAACACUUCACUGUCACCACCAACAACCACAUUCUCCAUUCAACACACAACACUCACCCCCAACAACAACCACAUUCUCCAUUCAACACACAACACUCACCCCCAACAACAACCACAUUCUCCAUUCAACACACAACACUCACCCCCAACAACAACCACAUUCUCCAUUCAACACACAACACUCACCCCCAACAACAACCACAUUCUCCAUUCAACACACAACACUCACCCCCAACAACAACCACAUUCUCCAUUCAACACACAACACUCACCCCCAACAACAACCACAUUCUCCAUUCAACACACAACACUCACCCCCAACAACAACCACAUUCUCCAUUCAACACACAACACUCACCCCCAACAACAACCACAUUCUCCAUUCAACACACAACACUCACCCCCAACAACAACCACAUUCUCCAUUCAACACACAACACUCACCCCCAACAACAACCACAUUCUCCAUUCAACACACAACACUCACCCCCAACAACAACCACAUUCUCCAUUCAACACACAACACUCACCCCCAACAACAACCACAUUCUCCAUUCAACACACAACACUCACCCCCAACAACAACCACAUUCUCCAUUCAACACACAACACUCACCCCCAACAACAACCACAUUCUCCAUUCAACACACAACACUCACCCCCAACAACAACCACAUUCUCCAUUCAACACACAACACUCACCCCCAUCCCCAACAACAACCACAUUCUUCAUUCAACACACAACACUCAACCCCAUCACCAACAACCACAUUCUCCAUUCAACACACAACACUCUCCACCACCCACAUACUGCACUCCAUUCACAUCAAGUUACCAUUCACACUUGACUCUUCCCUCGUGCUAAUUAUGACUACCUCACAUACCUUGCAUUCCGCAAAAACUACCCACGACUAA